AUGGGAUAUUCGGCGUCUUCUACGGCAAACUACGGACUACCAUCACGCCCUCCAAAGACUGGGAACAGUGGUAAUCGAGCAAGCAGCAUUCCGGCUGCCUUGUCUGGUGAUGUCAGAGUUCAACACCAACCGUUCGCGCAGCCUGCUACAUUCAAUGGAGGUUUUCAAGCGCCGGCGUCUCAUCAAAUGCAGUCAGGCCCUCCGAGUCGUAACGUAUCUCCUUCUGAUUCGACCUCCGUGGCUAAAGCGACAGGAUUUACCGACGGUUCUAAGACUGACGUUCCUACGAGUUCUCUUCUUACACCUAGAGAUGGCAAUAGCACUCGUGGUAAUUUCAAAAACAAAUCGUGGAGGGCACAGCCUCACCGUAUGGAACAGGAUUGGUAUCAGCCGCAAGCACACAAGGAAUCGUUCUAUCACCGAAGCCAUCAGGAGACCGCCGGCACUUUACAAGAAUCUCGUCGAUUCGGUGGUCCGGAGCAAUAUCAAAGCGGUCCGAACUGCCCAAAUCGACAGGCGACUGAUAAAGACUAUCAUGAAUGUAGCUGCAAUGGUUGUGAGAUGCGAAAUAGAUCCGUUUGGAUGAGAAUCACCAACAAUCCUGAGGGUCACCCAGAGGACAUCAGAAGUCGUAUCAAGAGCGGGAUGAAGGAUGUGUUUGGGGAAGUUGAACAAGUUCAACCAAUGCCUCGUCAAAAUCAUCAGCAGGGGCAAUACAAACAUGGGCAUUAUAAGUAUGGGCAGUACACCUUCAUUGUGAGAUUCAAAAUGGAAGAGGCCGUGCCUAAAGCCCUCAAUUUCCAUGUUGGAAUCCUGCCGGGGAAGAGCCUUGAAGUGUUCAUUUCUCCGGUUUACCGCUCCAAAUGGAUGGUCAAAAUGCGCCCUGAGAAUGGCAAUAUGGGAUUGUUUCACAAGCACCAGCGACAUACGCAACCGGGCGAUAGCCUGCCUUUCAUGGCUCACGGAAUGUAUGCAGGAGCUGGCUAUGAACCAAGUUUGAAUGAAACUCAUGGCCCAUACCAUCUUCAACCUGCUCAAAAUUUUGGACCGCAACAGACGCCGCAUUACUUGUCUCGAGGGCCACAAUGGCCGCCAUACUACAAUCAAGUAGACCAACUGCCUGGCUUUGUGCCUUUUGUUGCUCAGAUGCCAAUGAUACCAAAACAAUCAAACCCUCAAAAUCCACAGGACUUGCAGCCGCCUAAGCAGGAGCCCGCAAAGACUGAUUCGAAAAAAGAAGACGACGGUUUAGGUGCUGGUUAUGAACCAGCCAAGUCUUUGGAGUGCAAGGCCCAGUCCAAACCACCCUCUGAAGAGGCGCUGGAAGACGAGGAUCUAUCUGAGCAAGCCAGGGCUGUCACACCUUCAAGCCAACAAAGCCAGUCAUCUGGGCCCUCGAGUCAGAAGGUGAAGGUGUCUCUCCCGCCAGCCUCGCCAACGCAACUUGUUCAGGCAACUGUGAGCCAGGAUGACGUGCUCAAAGAAGAUCCCUCUACUCCACCGACAGCACAAGAGAUUUCAAGCCUGGGAAAGACUCAAAACGUUGUCUCUGCAAAGCCUGUUUCACUAAAAGACCAAAAGCAGAGAGAAGCUCCACGUAAAGUGCUCCUCGCAGCCACAAAGUCUCCCAAUACCGCAGCUGUGUCCAAAACUACAGUAGCCGGUUCAACGUCUCGGGCAGACGCCCUCUUCACGGAGGAAGAAAUCAAGUCGAGGAAACAGGCCUGGGAUAGGAUUCCUAUGCCCUUGAAUCCACGCGGGGCUAAGAGGACAACUCCUACGAAGUGCAAACCUGCCGAUAAUGGUAAAGAUGAAGUUGCAACCCGGGAGCCUGUGGCAUCUCGUACCAAUUGCGAGGCAUCUGGGCCAGCGAAGACCGCCCAUGAUACAGAUGACAUGAGCGUCAAGUCUGCGGGAUCCAAAACCAUGUCGGUUUCCAGCACGCCAACCAAGAGCCCGACAUCUUCGAAACCCACAAAGACGCCGUUUAACAGCGAGACAAAGGAAAGGUCUCACCCGAAACAGCGUAAUCAAACCACCGAGUCCUCUGGUAGUCCAGUUAAAACCAAUACGAGAAACAACAAAUAUCAAAGCCAGAAUCAUCAAGCAUAG